AGAGGUGGUUUGGGGACCGAGCAGGACAGGGGCGUCCCACUGCCCGAUCCCACCCCGGCGCUUUGCAUAAAUAAAUAAAUCAUGCAGCAAGGGAGAGGUGGAGAGAGAGGGCGAGCAGAGGAGGUUACUUUGAGAAGCUGCGCAGCUCGCUCAUCCCAGCCCCGUAGUUCGGAGGGAGUGUGUCAUGUUACAGGGGAGCCACGAUCAGCCAGAGCACAACGUCGCCGGAGCAGCUGAGAAUUACCUCUCUCUAAUGGGGACUUUCAUGUGCGAGCUCCUGGCCAGUCUGCGAAGGAACUGAAAUUGACAGCUUAGAAAGAAUCAAAAACCUAUCAGCGAACCAAAAGACUGAAAUACAGGAGGAAAAAAAAAAAAUCUUGAUCAGAUUAUUUUUUUCCCUCUCGCACUCUUUGCUGCAAUUGGAUCCUUUUUUUCUGCACCCCUUUUGUGUGUGUGGUUUGUUUUUGUUUUUUAAAGACACUCCCCCCCCCAUCCACUUUUGUCAUUAUUGCUGUCACUUGUGAUUUGCUGGCACUGGGAUCCCCUUGGACGUUCUUUUUCUAUGCCUUCUGGAUUGUGCUUCUUGGAGUAGGAGUGAAGCUUUAUUUAUUCUAUUUAUUUAUUUAUUGUUUCUCAGGACAGGGAGGGAAUGUUGGAGGAGAAGAACUGGAAAGGCGUCGACGAAGCAGCUUUUGACAGGGGGUGUGUGGCUCCCCCCAGGACCGGCGAUGGGGAGAGAUGCUGCCGCCUCCCUCUCCUGCUGGGCUCGGGGCUGCCCGGCGUCUCCCUCCUUUCUCUGGUGCUGAGCCUCCUGCUGUACUUUCGGACCUCCGAUCUACAGUCCCGGGUGUCCCACUUGGAAGCGGACAGACCCACACAGCUCCCUGCCUGGCUCUCAGCAGACCAAAUGGAGACAGCUAUUUUGGGAAGAGUUGACCAACUGCUCAAUGAGAAAUUAAAGUUCCACUUGCCAAGACAUCGAGAAGUUCGAGACACACACCAGCGAUGCAACUGCCCGGCAGGUCCGCCUGGAGACAAAGGUUCGAUGGGAAUUCCUGGGCGGCCGGGACUAAAAGGGCAGUCCGGAGAGAAGGGUGCUCCAGGAGAAGCUGGCAUGUCUAUCAUUGGGCCCCGCGGUCCACCCGGACAGCCUGGAACAAGAGGUUUUCCUGGAUUCCCGGGCCCUAUUGGCUUGGACGGCAAACCGGGCCAUCCUGGACAGAAGGGAGAGAUGGGUGCUGCAGGUCCCAGGGGACAACCCGGACCCCCAGGACAAAAAGGAGAAAAGGGUCAGUGUGCAGAGUACCCGCACAGGGAAUACCUAAGUACCACACUUGCAGCCCUGCGCUCUAACCAGAUCCUUACGCUGAAGGGUGAGCAAGGACAAGCGGGGAUCCAAGGUCCCCCAGGGCCCCCUGGUCCACCAGGGCCCACUGGACCAGCUGGACCCGAAGGAACCCCAGGACGUCCUGGGCCAAUUGGACCCCCUGGCAGAGCGGGAGAGCCUGGAAAGCCUGGCAGAGAUGGAAAGGGCUUACCUGGGCCUCCUGGACCAAAGGGAGACACUGGGAUUCAGGGAUACCCUGGCAGAAAGGGUGAGGUGGGCGAGUCAGGCCUCCCUGGAGCCUCUGGCCCCAAGGGUGAAAAAGGGGAUGCUGGCGUAAAGGGGGAGAGAGGCAUGCCAGGGAUGCCAGGAAGACAUGGCUCUAAGGGCGCUCCUGGGUUGGCCACCGCAGGGAUGAAGGGCGAGCCUGGGACUCCAGGAGAAAAGGGAGAUCCUGGAGUCCCAGGGAGGAUGGGCCCCCCAGGUUUGCCAGGGAAGAGGGGGCAGCGGGGUGAGAAGGGACAAGCUGGUGACCCUGGCCUUCCUGGACUUCCUGGCCCAAAGGGAGAGAAGGGAAUUGCUGAGAAUGCCUUGGUGGGAGCUAAAGGAGAACCUGGCCCUCCAGGUCUGCCUGGACCCCCUGGACCAAAGGGAGAAGCUGGUGACAUUGGUCAGCCUGGUGCUGCAGGAUCACAGGGAGAAAAGGGGGAACGUGGUUCACCGGGAGACCAGGGACCCAUGGGCCCAAGGGGCCCCAAAGGAGAGCCUGGGAAGGAUGAAAUUAUGGACUAUGAUGGGAACAUCAGUGAAGCUCUCCAGGAAAUACGAACUUUGGCCUUGAUGGGACCCCCAGGACGUCCAGGGGUGGCUGGACCUCCAGGGCCACCAGGACAGAAGGGUGAAAUUGGGUUGCCAGGUCCUCCAGGCCACGAUGGAGAAAAGGGACCACGUGGCAAGCCUGGAGAAAUGGGCCCCCCUGGCCCUCACGGACUGCCAGGAAAGGAUGGACCUCCUGGAAUGAAGGGAGAGCCAGGCCAUAUCGGGGUCAGAGGAGAAAAGGGCGAUAAGGGAGAUCCAGGACAAGCGGGCUCACCGGGUCUAGAUGGCCCCACUGGAGAGAAAGGCGAACGAGGUGACCAAGGGAUACCAGGACCAUCAGGAUUGCCAGGUCCUAUUGGACUUCCAGGAUUGACAGGAGAGAAGGGUGAGCCUGGGGAUCAUGGAGACAAAGGAAAUCCAGGAGAAUUGAUAUCUGGGCCCCCUGGACCCCAAGGCCCUCCAGGACCUCCAGGUCUUCAGGGUGUUCCAGGACCCAAGGGGGAAGCAGGGAUUGAUGGAGUGAAAGGAGAGAAGGGUGCCCAGGGUGAAAAAGGAGACAGAGGGCCACUGGGAUUACCCGGUGCUUCAGGUUUAGACGGCAGGCCUGGACCACCGGGUACUCCAGGACCAAUUGGGGUUUCGGGACCAGCAGGACCAAAAGGAGAAAGGGGCAGUAAAGGAGAUCCUGGAGUUGCAGGACCAAUGGGGCCAGCAGGGCUUCCUGGUUUACAAGGUCUACCUGGUGACAAGGGAGGCCGGGGUCUCCGAGGUUUUAAAGGCGAGAAGGGUGAGCCGGGGCUACCUGGGCUGGACGGCCUGGAUGCCCCAUGCCCAUUGGUAUGGUGUACCUUCCCUUUCCUGCAUGCUCAUUUGCUUUUUGGCUCUUGGUGCUAUUUUCUGAUCCCCCAAACAGCUGCAUGCCCUAGAGACACCCAGCAGUUCCUUCCUUACUUGUCUCCAUCUUCCCUUCCUCUCAUAGCUGCUGUCAGAACCAGGCCCUUCCCUUCAUUCUGAUUCCCAGCUGCUGUCAGCAGUACUUUGUGGCAUGAGGAAAAGUAGAGUUGGAAUGUGGUUUUAUUUACAAUUUCUUCAAUUCUUCCUUUGCCUUCACUUUCACAGCUUCCAGUAAACCUAUGUAUGCAGACCCAGCUCUGCACUGGCUUGGCUUCCUCACAAGGAGCUGCAAUGCUUGUGUCCUUUAUUAACUCUAUUUUUAAGUGCCUGUGUGUGUUGAGCACAGCCUGACAUGGUUCCAUAUGACCUCAGUCACCCCAUACAUUAAGAUGACUGAAAAUAAUAGUUAUCCCAUCAGUAAGCCCAUGUGAAACAUAUUAAUGGGGACAGUUAACCUCUCUGCUGAGUAAUUCCUAUUUAUUACUCUCCCCAGAAGUCCAAACUGUAUCCAUAGUAUCCAAAAAACUUGAAUUUGGGAUUGCCUGUUUCCCAAUAUCCAUCUUAUUUGAGUGAUAAAAUGACUGUUGUAUUAGUGCCUGAUCUAGCUCAACAGCUGUAGGGCAAAAGUAUUCUGAAACACCUAACCCCAACUGAUUUCUAAGUAUCCCAGUAAAGGUCAUCAAUUUAUUCAUUUUCUCUGAUAUUUCUGGAGAUGCAGCAUUCAGGGUGGGAUUUUUUUCUCCUUAAGACAGUCUCAACAUCUCUGUAAUACAAAGAAAUUUGUACUCCCCUGCCCUUCCGGCCCUGUUUGGCCUGACAAAGUUUGCUUGAGUAUGGUCCUUCCAAGCUUUACGCUCACUUAAGGAUGUUUGAUGCCAUCUACUUUGGAUGGGAUAUUGUUAGUUCACUAGCUGGAAAAAUGCACCCCAAAGCAAAAAGCCACAUUUAGUUCAGAAGGUUUUCCUAGUUUCUUGAGGAAAAAAACAAAACAGGAAACUGCCAUAAAAAGCUGUUGUUAUUUGAGCUUUGUGAAGAGCUAACAUAGUUUUCCAUCCAGUAUUCCCUCCUUUAGGUGCUGCUGUUGCCUCUUUGGGGCAGUGACCACUGUUAAAGUCUCAGUUGCAGCUCUCUAAAUUCUGGGUAGCAGAAACUUCUUCCAGUCCCACAGGUGAAGCUGUACCUGCCCAGAACAGUCCACAAAGGAGGAAGACCACAGAGCCAUGUGUUUUGUCUCCCAGUUAUCAUGGCUAGGUUUCUAUAGAGUAACAUCUGGCUGAAUAAGGCCCCUAAUUUUGCAGGUGCAAGGAUUUCACCAGUGCCCUGGUACACGACCUUUUUGGUUUUGUCAGUGCUCCCAGUGAGGAUUCACCCCACAUGGCUGUAUUAGAAUUCACACUAUUUUCGUUAAGGGAGACUUGCCAGAAAAUCUGAUGAAAUAUGGAUGCUGUUAUUUUUUUAUACAUAGUGUUCUGGCAUGCAAGCUAGCUUGGGAACGUGAAUAAGCAUGUUUUUUGAUCCAGCUAGGUUAGAAGCUUAGCAUCCAGCUGACACAUCCAUGUGUGUAGCUUAUGGAGGCUGUGAACUGACUCUUUGCACAUCUGAGAUAUGUGGAAGGAGAUCCUUGGUACUAGUAAGCAUGUCAUGUUUCUGUUCUUGGCACAUUCGCCUGCAACAAACACUUCCUUGUGACCCUGAUCUUCCUUUGAUCCCUAAGCUGUGACUCCCUGGCCUCCCAUUCCUUCAUACACCUAACUUCCCAUCUCCUCCUGCCGUGCACUACACCAGUCAUUCCUAUCACCACCAGUGUACCAAUGGGAACGCCACAAUUUACCCAGUAAAUAACUUGUAAUCCUGUGUUUCCACGUAGUUGGGGGAAGGGGAGGAAGCAGCACAAGGAGACCAAAGUCAAAAAAUGCAUUUGAAAAGCAAUAUUGUUGUACUAUCAUGGUAACAUUCAUGAGCCCCCUGGAAGUGCAUCUCCAGUAAAUAGUUAAUUUCUCAAUAUACUACUGUGCAUUUGCUUUUCUGUUUGUAUUUUUUUGGGGUUUCCUGGGGAAUAGCGAUAGACCACGAAUCUACCAUGUGCACACAGCACAAAUAUUUGACUUCUCAUGUCAGAGAUUUAUCUCCUUACAUCUGACUUUAUCUCCUGCCCCAGAGCACCUUAGCACUGGUGUCACAUCCAGCCCAUCAAAGAGGGUUUCACAGGGUUGAAAUGAAUGGCAGUCAUUUACAAAAGCAUUUCCCAACCAUGGAGCCCAAGACAUCAUCGUUGCAGAAGUGCUGGGGGAUUUUCACAGAAAUCCCACUGUGUUAUUGAAGCCAAAGUCCCUUUUCAGGGACUCAGCUGAGACAUCCUGAACCAGCAGAGGGGCUGCUUGCCUUCCUAAUUUCCCGGGAGCAGGAUCUCCCCAGAGGCAAGAGGGGAUAGCUGGGCAGUGUCUCACAUGACAAAGCAAACCCUUUGACAGAUAGGGCAGAAAGGAAAGGGAGGUCUUUUCCAGACCCUCCUCAGGGUCUGAGGUUAGUGCUGGCUCUGGGGUUUGGUUUUAAGCUCAAUGUUACAUAGCCAAGCCUGAGGACACAGAGCAGCCACCUCACACUUUCCACUGCCAGCCCCUGGCAGUAUUUUUCUGGCUCAGUUGGACCUCCUGUGUUCCUUCUCUUCUUCCUUCAAGGAAGCCUGAAUAGACUCCUUUCUUAGGAGAGAGUGGUUCUCGGGUACAUAAGUCCCUUGGACAGCGUGCAGGCAUUUCCCUUCUUCACCCCAGCCCCUGCUUCAGGCUGCACUGGUUCUGCCAGCCGGAAGUCUGGGUCAUCUGAAUGGUGAGGAAUAUCUCUGACUAUUCCUCCAGCCCUGGUUCAAACUGUUUGUUGCAGUAAUAGUUAACCCAUGCCUUCCUUUCUCCAUCUCUGUACUACUUUAUGUGUCCUAAACUGCUAUUUCAUCCAUCUUUU